UUCCCUUUUUACAAUCAUCACCCUUUUCCCACAUACACAUAAACACUUCGAUGGCUUAGAAUAAAAUAAAUUCAACAAAAAUUAUUUUUUCCUAGUCAUUCGUACUCCGGUCUUCGUGAAAUUAAGAAGCAAAGCUGCUGAGUUAAUUUCGUGUUGAAAAACAGAAUAAAUUCUUGAAAGUAGUGUGGAAGUUAUCGUGAAUUCUUAUCGGAUUAAAAAUCUUCAACUAUGUCAGCUACCGACAAUCAACUGAGUGACUUUAAAAAGUCCCAAAAGAAUGGUCCUGGUGUUGCGACACUUGCAAGUGGAGCACCAAUUGGUGUUAAAACUGCAACCCAAACUGUCGGACAACGUGGACCUGUCUUACUUCAGGACAUCAACUUCAUUGAUGAAAUGUCGCAUUUUGAUCGCGAAAGAAUUCCCGAACGUGUUGUUCAUGCUAAAGGUGCUGGUGCUUUUGGUGUCUUUGAAGUCACUCAUGACAUCACAAAGUACACAAAUGCGAAGGUUUUCGAAAAAAUUGGAAAACAAACACCAAUGGUUGCUCGUUUUUCAACUGUCGGUGGUGAAAGUGGUUCAGCUGAUACAGCUCGUGAUCCUCGCGGAUUUGCCUUAAAAUUCUACACUGAUGAUGGUGUUUGGGAUUUGGUUGGUAAUAACACGCCAAUCUUCUUCAUUCGCGAUCCAAUUCUUUUCCCAAGCUUCAUUCAUACUCAGAAGAGAAAUCCACAAACACAUUUGAAAGAUCCUGACAUGUUUUGGGAUUUCAUCUCGUUAAGACCUGAGACAACACAUCAAGUUAUGUUUUUGUUUGGCGAUCGUGGAACGCCUGAUGGUUAUCGUUUCAUGAAUGGCUACGGCUCGCACACUUUCAAGUUGAUUAAUGCAAAAGGCGACGCACAUUAUUGCAAAUUCCACUUUAAGACCGCUCAAGGCAUUAAGAACUUACCAACUGAGAAAGCUGACGCUUUGGCUGGUUCCGAUCCUGAUUAUGCAAUUCGUGAUUUGUUUAAUGCAAUUGCUAAGGGCGAAUUCCCAUCAUGGAAUUUGUUCCUUCAAGUCAUGACAUUCGAACAAGCGGAGAAAUAUAAAUACAAUCCAUUUGAUGUCACGAAGGUCUGGUCACAAAAGGAAUAUCCUUUAAUUCCAGUUGGUCGCAUGACAUUGAAUAGAAAUCCUAACAAUUACUUCGCUGAAGUUGAACAAUCGGCAUUCGCACCGUCACAUUUAGUUCCUGGCAUUGAACCAAGUCCCGAUAAGAUGUUGCAAGGACGUUUGUUCUCUUAUGCUGACACUCAUCGUCAUCGAUUGGGCGCUAACUAUUUGCAGUUGCCAGUUAAUUGUCCAUAUCGUGUCAGUGUUAAGAAUUAUCAACGUGAUGGUCCAAUGACAUUCAACGAUAACCAAGGCGGAGCUCCAAAUUACUAUCCAAACUCGUUUGAAGGUCCAGAACCAUCUUCACGUACCGUUAACUUACAACAACCAUACAAAGUUUCUGGUGAAGUUUAUCGAUUUGACAGUGGCGACGAAGACAACUUUAGUCAAGCGACGAUCUUCUGGAAUCAAGUUUUGGAUGAAGCAGCACGCAAACGUCUCGUGUCUAACAUUGCCGGUCAUUUGGUAAACGCUAAAGCUUUCAUUCAAGAACGUGCAAUUGGAAACUUUGCUAAAGUUUCGUCUGAAUUUGGAAAAGCAUUGACUGAAGCUAUCAAGUUGAAGAAAUCGGCUAAAAUGUAAAUUUUGAUUCUUUUGAAUUUAUUUUUUUGAUUUUCUUUUUACAUUACCAUUAAAUAUAUUUUAUGCGUUUCUAAUGGGCAUUUAGCAUAGUUAAUAUAUUAUGCAAUGUAAUAAUGGGGGUCAAUGCAAAUAUCUCGUCACUUGAUGAUUACAUCUUAAUUAAAAUAAUUGAACGAUGACCUUUUAUGGCUACUAAGAACGUAACAAUCAUCGAAUUUGAUGAUGAUGAAUCUUAGGUACAAUAAAAAGUCGUCUACUAUUAACAAUAAGAUAUAAAUUAUUCAUUUGACCCCACCAAUCCUCACUUCAUUCCCUCUUAUAAUUGAGAAUUUUUUUUAUAUUGGAAAAUUAGAACAAAAACAUUUUUGGUGAAAGUUUACAAUGAAAGUGAAACAAAUAAAAAUUUUUCAUAAAAAUUAAA